AUAUUUGGUUUUAGACGGUUCAUAAUUUUUUCUAGGUAUUAUUUCUGUUUUGAACAAUGAAUAAUUUAUUCUUUUUCAUUCCUAGGCAUUUCACCCUGUUAUUAUUCAUGUAGUCUAUUAUUUUUUCGUCAAGUAACAAUUUUUGUUUUUCAAAUUAUAAGUUCAGCAUACAAUAUAUCUAAAAAAGCUGUGAAAUUGAAUUAUGCCGAAUUUUUUUUAUCCUAAGUCAGUAUUUUAUAUUGCUGGUUAAAUUUGAUUCAUUUUUAUUUUAGUAAGCUAAGGUAGACUUUUCUAAACAUCAAUGGCAAAAGUAAACGUUUUUUUUUUUUUUGCUUCAUCAGGUCAAACAUUGAUAUUUUACUACUGCAUAGUUUUUUUUUUUUAUGAUUCAAUAUUUUUGAAAAUUAAACCUGGAAUGUUCCAAGCUUACAAAAUGAUUUUUAUUGUUUUUCAACUUAUUUGUGUAUAUAAUAUUGAAAAAUAUUUUAGCCUUGAUUCUCCAUUAAGGUUAAGGUAUAUGUAGUAAAUAAUAUUUUAUAAUUCAGGAACUGCAGCCAUUAUAAUUUAAUUUUAUUUGUUCAGUUUAGUUAUUAGUUGUAGUUUAAUUAAUUUACUGCUGUCUUAUCAAGUGAGUUUUAUAGUAUUUACCUUAUACUCGAGGUGCCACCACUGUGGGAAGUAUAUUUUGUAUAUUUUGUACCUAUACAAUUAGUUACUAAGACAACUAUGUUUAGAUUUUUAUUAUUUAAUUAAUACAGUUUUCUCUAAUAAUUUUUAAUUUGUAAAUUAUUAAUAGUUAUCUGUUUUUGUAUAAAAUAAAAUGAAAUCAUCGAAAAAAAAAGCAAAAGAAACAGCGAAAGUUGUACCAUCUGAUGAUCCAGUUAAACCAGCUGAUCAGUUGAUUCUAAGUCAAGAAGACUUAGAUGAAGUUUAUGGUAAUGGACUUUUUGUUAAAGAACCGCCCACGCCUCAUGCUAAGGUAAUUUAUAGCAAUAAACAAAGGACAUUUUUGCCAAAAAAAGAAAUCACUAAUAGUAUAAAACUUUUCGAAUUGAAAACUACAUUAUUCCAUCGUGAAUCAGAGAAUGCUAUUAUGCAAAUUGAAAAUGAAUUAUGCAGAAAACCAGAAAAUUUAGCCAUAGAUGAUAAUGAAUCAAUAGAUGAAAAUAUAAUAGAAGAAGUAGAAGAAGAACAAUAUAUUAAACCAUUAGAAUUAGACGUAAUUGAUGAAGAAUUAUUGUCAGUUGAGGACGUUAAUGAAGAGUUCAUGGAUGAAAACAUGGAGAUGGGAGAGGAAGGUGAAGAAGAAGACUUAGCAACUGAUUUAAAGACCGAAUUUGAAGAGGAAGACGAUUCACAAAAAAAAAAAAAAAAAGAAUCUGAAGAGUCAUUUUUGAGUUUGCCAGUGACAAAAUUAUGUACUGUAGUAAAACUUAAAAACAAAUUCAAUUUUUUUGAUAGAAUUUCUCAAACUAAAAAAAUUCUUAUGAGGAAUAAAGAAACUCAAACCCCUGUAACUAAAAAAUUUGAGUUUGGUGCGUUUGUCUCACUGUGUAAUAUUUAUGACACUUACGAAGUUGAUUAUGCGAUACAAAAGGCAGAAAAAGACAAAGAACUGAGAGAGAAAAUGGCCGCACAUAUGGGAAAGAAAAAAACUAAACCUCGAAAAAAAAUUCACAUUGAACAUGAUGAAAUCGAAUAUGAAUUGUUGAAGGUUUCUAAGAUAGUUGAAAAAAUCAUCAGUUUAAAUGAUACGGAUGCCAUAGCUCAAGAUUUUCGAUAUUAUGAGGACCCAUCAGAUCAAUUCAGGGACAGAGGAGAAGGCACCUUAAUGUUAAUGUGGACAAUGAUAUAUGAAAAAGAAAAAAAAUUAAUUGUUACUGAUAUCGCCUGGAGUCCUGAUUAUUUUGAUAUGUUUGGUAUAACGCUUAGCAUUCCGCAGAGUGAAUUAACAUUUACCGACAAUCCAGACAUUGGUAAUGUGUGUUUGUGGGUUCUAAAGAAUUCGUCGUACCCAGAUUAUGUAGCUCAUACACAAUCCGGAGCCAUGUGUUUAAGUUUUCAUCCAGAUUUCGGUAACAUCCUGGCAGUUGGACUACGUGACGGCAAUUUGGGUGUAUACAAUGUGAGCUUACUAAAAAACGAACCAGAAUACUCGACAAGCUUAUCGGGUACCAAACUCAUGUCUAGCGUAACGCAGGUAGUGUGGUGUAAAAAUUUACCUACUGGUGAAUUGAAUUUCUACUCUGUAUCCGAGGAUGGUGUGGUCUGUCAAUGGAUAUUGAUGCAAAGUGAAUUGAUGAAAGUCCUUAGAAUGUCUCUGGUCAUAGAUAUGUAUCCAGAAAUCGAGCUUGGCGGUAUCAAACAAACUUACUACGCUAGAGGCACGACGAUUACGUUUAAUCCAGCAGAUCCCGAAGUAUACUUAGUUGGUACUGUUGAAGGUUAUAUAUUUAAAUGUAAUACGGAAUGGACUCGUUAUGUUCAGAGGUUUAAAGCUCAUGAAAUGCCGGUAAACCGAAUCGAUUUCAACAAAUUCGAUCCAAAUAUAUAUCUUACAUGUAGUGAAGAUUUUGUAGUUAAAUUAUGGGAAGACAAAUCACAAGCUCCAUUGAUAAUUUUCGAUCUUCAAACGGGAUUGACAGAUCUGCGUUGGUCGCCGUUCUCUAGUUCAGUAUUUGGUAUUACCACCGUAGACUGUCGUGUAAUUUUCUACGAUUUGGACAUAAGUACUAAAAAAUCUGUUUGUGAUCAGCUCAUUCACCCCACAGAGAAAUAUCGACUGGUUCGGUUAGCUUUUGAUAAACGAGUACCAAUGAUUGUGGUUGGAAGUUCGAGAUGUACUGUUGUUACAUAUAAAUUGUCACCAAAUCUUCGUACAAUAAUGAAAUCUCCAAAGAAAGGAGUUCAAAUUCCGACAGAAACAUUGGAGUUGGAAAAAUUACAUACAGUAUUGAACUCUAUCAGAGAAUAAAUUAUUCAAUCUAUAUUUGUUCUGGAUCUUGUUUUACAAUGACAAUAAUUUAAUAACUCUUUCUAUUUUCAUAUUGUCUACUUCAUUAAAUAAGCAGGUAAGUAUAAACCACUGACCCAUCAUCACAAAAAUAAUUUUAAAAAAGCACAUCACUUUCACAGACUUAUGAAACCGAUUUGUAGUA